AUGUUUACCGCUUCACAACUUCCCAUCGAGCUUUUGGAGGAAGUUAUUAAAAAACUUGGGCCCGACGAGCGAGAUAACCUUCGGCGCACCAACCAGUUUUUCUCCCAUUUCCAAUACCACAAACGCCUCUUCCCAGAGCGUAUCGAGCGUCUACAAGUCUCAUCGAGCAAGAUCAUUGUCGAAUUUGCUGGUGGCCAGAUUUCGAUCAGCAAAACGAAGAUCGGCAAUGAGUUGUUGUUGCGGAAUAAUGCGUCUUCGCUGUUGAUCACCAAAACACACGGGAUGGCGCUGUUUUCCGAGUCGUUGCGUCGAGCAUCGAUCAGGGUUGUUGAGAGAGACCUUUCCUUGAACUCGACGCAUGUCUUUGACAGCCAGGGCAAAGCCGACGAAGCAUGGUGGCAGAUGGCUUUUUCUUUCCGGCAGGCAUGUCUCGUGGAUUUGGACGUAUUUUCGAACACCGCCCCGCUUUUUGUAAAUUGGCUCGGGGAUCGCCCUGUAGAGCAUUUGAGACUGAAAAUUAAGCAUCGACCAUCUAGCGAACCGAUGGCACUUCCGGUGGCUCUGAACUCGUCGGCGGCGCUCCGCUCGGCGCGCCUUGUCGAGCUUCACAUCGGGGAUCACGAGAAACUGGCGGCGAUCCCGGAGUUCAAGGCCGAACUUCGAGUUUUUGGAUCCGUAUUCAUUUGCCAGGAAUUUUUGGAGAGACUACGAAGCGGAAAGGCGGCAACGUUUAAAAGAGCUAAACUAGUGCCUGCAGUCGAGGAAGAGCGAAAAGCGGAAAUUCCGAAACCGGAUGACGAUAACGUUGCCGAGAAGCAAAACGAUAGCUCCUCCUCCCCUGAGCCGAAGAAGAAGCUCCACAGAGAGAUUCGGGAUCAACACAGACGUUGUUGUUUGGUGGUACAGCCCCUGUACCGU